AGUAAGCUUCCAGCAGUGGACGGGGGAGGACACACGCCGCUCCGCUCCCUGUUACUCGUUAUUCUAUUUCUUUCCCCCGUUCCCCCCCCUUCCCCCUGUGAUACGAGAGAUCCACCGGGGGAAAAGCAACAGAAAACGAGAUCACAAGUGCCUAUCAAGUGAAUCUGUGAUAAAAGAAGCAUAGAAAUAAGGAAAAAUUGAAAUAUUAGUGAUAACAUAACUACUACUACUACUACUACUACUGCUACUACUACUACUACUGCUACUACUCGUAAAGGUGCAGUGCCACAGUGGCGUGGUGUGCAGGUGCCAUGUGGCGACGUGCGGCAUGAGUGUGGUGCCGCGAGGUGGUGCGUGCAGGCGUGCGGCGGGCGUGGCAGCGCGAGGCAUGGCGGGAGGGUGGUUGCGGAGGUAACAUGCUGACGGAGGUGUUGACGCGCGUGGCGGUGUUGUCUCAGGAGGUGGCGCGCUCCCUGGGGGUGAUGUGGCCCCACGGGGACACCCGCGACCCCAGUGUGGGGGAGUGUGCGCCCCGCUGGACCAGUCCCACGGACAUGGCGGCCCUGGGCAGUGUGGUGUGUGUGCCGCCCUCACCACACGCCCGCGCGGCGCCCGCCCUCUCGUUCCCCGAGGGCGGCAAGGAUGGCCAGGGUGAAGUGGGUGGCGGGCAGGAGUGUGACGUGGUGCGGGCGGGGUUGCCCUGCUGCUACAUGGACGAGCCUGACCUGGGGCAGGGCGCCGCGUCCCCCGCGCCCUCCACCACCACACGCCUACACUUGCCGCUCACCGACCCGCGCUGCGACAGUGACAAUGACAGCGGCCUGGUCAGUUGCGGGGAUAGUGACCACGCCCAUACGCACGAGGCGGGGGACACGCCCGUGCCGCCUUUCCUUCUGGGUGAUAGUGAGGCGCCCGUUCUGGCGGCGCCGCCCAACGACUCUCCCGUCCUGUUCCGUCCUGACUUCGAGCACGCGGUGUCCCUGAGCGAGCACCGCACGCUGGGCGGCCCCGCGUUCCACCACCACCACCACCAUCUGCUGACGGCGGCGGCGGACCCUUGGCCGGCCCGCAGCAGCCGCUUCGAGGACCAAGGCUUUGGCGACCUGUCACGCCGGGACCACGCGGCGCUCAGCGACUCCCUGCAGGAGCACUCUGUCUUCCCAGAGCCCAACGCGCCCCUGGACGAGGCCGUGGCCGCCAAGAACCUCGCUAACGCCGCCCUCACGCCCGCCACGCCCGGCACAGGGGACCGCAAGCCCCGCACGGAGCGCAAACACGAGGUGCGGGCCAGUGGGGAGGAGGAGGAGGAGGCGGCGCCGGGCCUCAGGGGAGAUCUGGUAUAUUUGGAGAACUUCCAGUACCCGCCGCCCCCCGGCCCCCCACCUCACAACCCCUUCGACGCCACCUUCAAGCAGGCACUGGACGCCCCGCCGCGCCGCUUCAGGUUCAGGAAGGAAGCAGAUGGGGAGGUGAACGGCACACAUGAGAUUGACGUGUGUGAAUUGGUUCCCGAGGGCCAUGAGAAGGCAGACCCCAGCCAAUUUGAACUCCUUAAAGUCCUCGGACAGGGUUCAUUCGGCAAGGUGUUUCUGGUGCGCAAGAUCAGCGGACAGGAUGCUGGAACACUGUAUGCCAUGAAGGUUCUGAAGAAAGCCACACUCAAGGUGCGGGACAGGCUGCGGACCAAGAUGGAGCGCGACAUCCUGGCUGACGUGAACCAUCCCUUUGUGGUGAAGCUCCAUUACGCGUUCCAGACUGAAGGAAAGCUCUACCUCAUCCUGGACUUCCUGCGGGGCGGCGACCUCUUCACUCGCCUGUCUAAGGAGAUCAUGUUCACGGAGGAGGAUGUGAAGUUUUACCUGGCGGAGUUGGCGCUGGCCCUGGAUCACCUGCACACUGUCGGGGUCAUCUACAGGGACCUCAAGCCAGAAAAUAUUCUCCUCGACGCAGACGGCCACAUCUCCCUGACCGACUUUGGGCUGUGCAAGGAGGCGCUGGAUGAUCAGAAGGCGUACAGUUUCUGCGGCACAGUGGAGUACAUGGCGCCCGAGGUGGUGAACAGACGCGGCCAUAACACUGCGGCAGAUUGGUGGUCUUUUGGGGUGUUGCUGUUUGAGAUGCUGACGGGAACUUUACCAUUCCAAGGAGCAAACAGGAAGGAGACCAUGAACCUAAUCCUUAAGGCCAAGCUAGGAAUGCCUCCCUACCUCAGCCCAGAAGCCCAGUCCCUCCUGCGUGCUCUAUUCAAAAGGAACCCAGCGAACAGGCUUGGUGCAGGGCCAGAGGGAGUUGAGGAGCUGAAGCGUCACCCAUUCUUCUCCUCAAUUGACUGGAACAAACUGUACAGCAAGGAGAUUGAGCCACCCUUCAAACCUGCUGUGUCCAAGGCUGAUGACACCUUCUACUUCGACCAGGAGUUCACCACACGCACCCCAAGAGAUUCCCCAGGAGUGCCACCCAGUGCCAAUGCCCACCAGAUGUUCAAGGGGUUCAGUUUUGUGGCACCCUUCCUGCUGUCUGAACAGUUGGAUGGCGUGGAGAUGAUGCAGUCACACACCACUGAGAAGGCACCAGCACUCAGCAAGAGACUAUCCGGGGUGAAGCCAAACAGCAUACACGAUGAGUACGACCUGUGUGAGGAGGUGGGCCAUGGCAGCUACAGUGUGUGCCGCCGCUGUGUGCACAAGGCCACCCGGCAGGAGUAUGCUGUCAAGGUCAUUCCAAAGAAGACCAGAGAUUGCCAGGAGGAAAUAGAGAUUCUGUAUCGCUAUGGCCAUCACACCAAUAUUAUUUCAUUAAGAGAUGUGUACGAGGACGACUCCCAUGUGUACUUGGUGAUGGAGCUGAUGCAGGGUGGGGAACUGCUCGACAAAAUACUGCGCCAAAAGUUUUUCUCUGAGCGUGAAGCGUCGGCUGUCCUGCUCACACUCACCAAUGCUGUCCAGUACCUCCACCAGAACGGGGUAGUACAUCGGGACCUCAAACCUUCAAACAUCAUGUACGCCGACAUUUCUGGCAGUCCGGAGUCACUGAGGAUAUGUGACUUCGGGUUUGCCAAGCAGUUGCGGGCCGAGAAUGGUCUACUGAUGACGCCCUGCUACACCGCUAACUUUGUGGCCCCAGAGGUGUUGAAGCGACAGGGUUACGACGCCGCCUGUGACAUCUGGAGUCUUGGGGUUCUCCUCUACACCAUGCUGGCUGGACACACACCGUUCGCCCAGGGCCCCAACGACACCCCCGAGGACAUACUGCAGAGGAUUGGAGAGGGGAAAUUCACUCUUGACUCUGGGAACUGGGUGUCCGUCUCCCCGGCUGCCAAGGACUUGGUGAAACAGAUGCUUCACUUGGACCCGAACCAGAGGCUGACGGCGGCGCAGGUGGCGAGUCACCCCUGGCUGCUGCACAGAGAGAGCCUGCCCAACUUGCGCCUUCUGCUGCAGGACGCCUCGCUGGUCAAGGGCGCCAUCACUGCCACGUACAGAGCCAUCAACCACAGCCCCCGCGCCCCGAACCUCGGCCCCGUCGCCGCCUCCGCCCUGGCUCGCCGCCGACGGAAGUCACGCCCCAAGUCCUCCACGGAGGUCUGACAUAGGGCCGAGUGCCACCGCUCCACCAAGCCCCUUCUCAGUGACGACGGCGAGGUGCCCCCCAUCUCCCCGCCGCCACAGUGGGCCGACCCCCCCCACCUGGCCCUCUCAUUGCGUCAGGACCAACCGCCCUCGCCUCCAGCCGCCGCCGCCAGCCUGCCGCAGGACACCAUCUCCAUCUCCUUCAACCCAAAAAUCGUGAGUCCCACCACGGAGGCGCCGCAGAUCCCCGCCGCCGUCGCCGCCUCCACUCAUCGCGUGGAGGAGGCGCCCGCAGGCUCCCCCACGCAACACCAGCAGCAGCAACAACAACAACAGCAGCAACAGCAGCAGCAGCAGCAGCAGGGCAGGACUGGCAGCAAGUCACGCCGCCGUUCUCACCGUCGCCAGCGUCGCCGCCGCCGCACCGCCUCGGCCGCGUCGUGAGCUGGUCCCUGCGCGGCGCGGCGCGGCUGAGGCGCCUCUCUCUGGGUCAGCCGCAAUUGUUAGGCGUGGGCGUAGGCUGUACUGCCUCGCGCCACGCCCCCUAGUGUUCAAAACAAGCAGCAACGUGUUCUGUUGAGCGCGGGGCGGUGGUCUCAUCGCCGCCGCCGCCGCGCCGCCCUAACGUAAGGCAACAAUCAAAUAGCAAUGAACAGUCUGGGUCACCCCACCUUCAGGGAGCCGCGUGCCCCGGCAGGCCAGGUCACCUUAGGGCCGUGACCGCAGAUAAACCUGGGUGCUGAGUGUGUGGUGUGCCGGGAGGAGGGGAAGGGGCGCCCGUAUUAUGUAUUAGGGAGGGCGUGGGGGGCGGGGACAGGGACGGGGGCAGGAACUGGGUCGUCAGGUCAGCGGCCCACAACAAGCAUAAUGGUAGUCUGCCAAACUCCGCGCGGGUGUGUGUGUGUGUGUGUGUGUGUGUGUGUGUGUGUGUGUGUGUGUGUGUGUUGCGAGAGGCAGGAGUUCUAUAUAACAAAGUAAUGUUCCUUGUUAGUAUUUGUCCUUCUCUUGAUAUUCUAGGCUCAUCUUAGCGAGUUGUUUUACUGUUAUUUCGUAUGUUCUGUUCUAGUUAUGCCAGGAAACCGUUACACACACACACACACACACACACACACACACACACACACACACACACACACACACACACACACUUAUCUCAUCAUUCCCACGUUCUCAUCUCAAGCAGCAAACAGAAACAACAAAAACACAAAGAGACCAACAAAAUAGACAAAGAGAGAGAGAAAAAACAGACUAACCUCCACGGAAGAAGAAAUAAGACAAUUACGAUGACGGAAAGACAAAGGAAGGAUGGGAAGGAAGGAGGAACAGGUGAUAAUGACUAGUUAACCCAUCGCCAGGUACUAUAAUUACAGGUGAUGCUUUGGACAGGUAGACCUUGUAUAUACGUAGCCUUGAGAGAGAAAGUACUGCAAAUAAAGGUAGCAAUUAAUACAACCAAUAUUUAUAACAAGAAUUCAACUGUUACGAGUGAAUUAUGGGAGGGAGGGAGGGAGUAUAGCUGGGUAUCCCUCCCUUCUCUCCCUCCCUCCUUCCCUCCCUCUCCGUACCUCCCUCCCCUCACUUGACUGGUUGUUAUGGUGGGUAGAGGGGCAGGGGGUGUGGGUGAGGGGUGAGGGGGUGGGCAUUCCUUUUACAGUGGCCAAAUAUGUAGUUGAUUAAAUACCAUGUUGUUAGAUGUGUUAUGUUAGAGAGAGAGAGAGAGAGAGAGAGUGAGUGAGUGAGUGAGUGAGUGAGUUAAGUGGCAUUGCAUCUCUGGGUGAAUCAUUAAAGUAGAUAUUUUGUGUACGUGUGUGUGUGUGUGUGUGUGUGUGUGUGUGUGUGUGUGUGUGAGAGAGAGAGAGUACCGUCCAGGGUACGUGAGGUUUAACAUAAUUUAAAGGGAACGGAACCUUUUUACAAGUCUCACCUGAAGUCACACACCCCCUCCCUCCCCUCACCCCGCUCCCCUGUCCUCCUCUCCCCCCUCUCUUCCCCAUGCUCCCCCCACUGUGCCGGUUCCACACUUACUUGCUGUGAAUAAUUCUGAAAUUAAUUUUUACUGUUGCUAUUUAAAUGUAUUCCUUAAGUUCUACGAGUAUAUGAUGAUAAUAAACAACAUUCUUACAUGCAA